CGACACACCGGUAAGCUCCACAGAAAAGUCAGGAUGACAACUGCACGUGUUCGCCUUCGCCUCGCUUCACUAUGAAACUCGCUUCACUAUGAAACUUUUUCUGUCAUUAUGGCAGCGUAUCUGGAAAAUACCCUUAUUGGACUAUGCGACGAAGCUAUAGAAAGGAAGAAAACCAUUUCAACAUUUCUCACAAGUAAGAUCGGCGGUGAACCGGACAAGAUUCCUGCGGUAUGUUUCAGGUAUCCCAGCUGCACUGUGUGCAAAUCGGCUCUUACACAUGUUGUUCAAGUUUAUUGCCCUCUUGAUGCCUCUCCCUAUCAUCGCACCAUAAAUGUCUUUGCCUGUACCAACACUGACUGCCAGGGAAAGUCAGAUGGCUGGAAGGUCCUGCGCUCACAGUGCCUGGACUCCGACGUCAAGCUCUCAACAGGGGCAGCAGGGGCACAGCAAGCUCCUCAUGUGCAGCCAGCAGCACCCAUGGCCAGCACUGACUGGUGUGCCGACGCGGACGACUGGGGCGUGGAGGAAGAGGAUUGCUGUAGUUCAACGUGGACCACCAGUCAAACUCCAACUGUACAACCCUCCAGCAUGGCUGUGACUGAAUCAGCUGCAGCGGAUGUCGGCAGCCAGUUUCAAAGCCUCAGCAUCAGCACCACGGAGGAGGACUGUCAGCCCGCUGGCCCAACCUUCCAAGAGUACUACAUCAGCGUGGUGGAGGAGGGUGACUUCACCGCGGACAGUGGCAUGGAACAUGCCCAGGACCUGCUGAGAGAAUACGAGGAGCGAGAGGGUGCGUCUGUGAUGGAGUUGGGAGACUCCGGGGGAGGAGGAGGAGGAGGAGAGGAGAAGUAUGAGAAAACAGAGGCUAGACACGGGGAUGCGGUCUUCUCUGGAUUCAUGAAGAAGGUGUCUUUAUGUCCUGAACAGAUUUUGAGAUACUGUAGAAACGGCUCGCCUUUGUUGAUUUCCAAGCCCCCGUUGGACCUGGAAAAGUCCGUUCCGAAAUGCAGUCACUGCGGAAGUGGCAGAACAUUUGAGUUCCAGCUUAUGCCCGCGCUUGUUAGUUUGCUGUGCUCCAACAACGCCUCGGAGACCGAGCUGGCUGUUGAAUUUGGAACUGUGAUGGUUUAUACUUGCCAAAGCAGUUGCUGGAAGUCAGGCUUGAGUUCACCCGUGGAGGAGUGUGCUGUGGUUCAGCAAGACCCUGACCAAAAGUUCUUUAAGUGACAUCUGUGCUACAUUAUGUUUUAUGUAAUAAAUCAGCUACUGAUGACUCAUGAAAAAUUGGACUUCUUGCAAAUGCAUAAAUAAACUAAUUAACAUUUUGACAAGCAGAAAAAGUGCUGUUUGUAUCUGUGAUGUUUGGCUGGUGGUAAUAUGCCAAAGUGUGGUUUAUAGUAAACUGUGUCUGUGUGUGUCAUAUCAAAUAUGAAAUA